CUGCUUUGCAAUCUGCAAAUCCUCCUCCUUCUCCAUUAACCCCUCCUCUCCCUCUCUCUCUCUCCAUCUCUCCAUCCUCCCACACCCACUCUCCUCCAAAUCCACGGGGAGCUCGGCUCCUCCUGAUUGGUCGAGGAUGAGGCAACGAGGGGCACGAGAACAAUGUCAUCGUGUGGCCUUAAAAAGAGUGCAGCAAUGUUUGAGCUGAAGACACCAGAGCAGCAGCAGGAGAAGAAGAGCAGAGGACCUUCAUCAUCAUCAUCAUCAUCAUCGUCAGGAGGAGGAGAAGGAGAGCAGAGUCAGAUGUUUGUGAGAAUCUGAAAGUGGAUUUUUCUUCUUCUUUUUCUCGGUGAAGUUUCUCCUCGUGUUUCCUUCAUCAUGCCCAGAGGAUUCCUGGUCAAAAGGAACAAGAAAACCAACCCGGUCUCUUACCGGGUCCGGUCUGAUGAGGAGGACGCGGAGCAGACAGUAACGGACGCGUCCACUUCAUCCUCCUCCUCCUCUCUCUCCGCGCCUCUCCCGUGCGUCCCGGUGCGCGCACAGACGCCGACGCCCUCCUGUGGGGCAGCGGCAACGGCCCCGGAGCAGGGGCUCAGACCGGUUCAGUUCGGAAACCCGGAGGUGGUCUACCAGGCGCUGUACAGCCCCACGCGCCCCGUCAGCCGCGACCACGAACGCUCCUACUUCGACAGACGCUUCAACCUCGGCUCUCCGGUUUCCGCGGAGUCGUUCCCCACACCGGCGGCGCUCACCGGCCUGGAUCACCUGUUCGCCCCGGUGGACCUGAAGAUUGGCUCCAGCAACAGCAGCCGCACCGGCACCGGCGCCGCGGCACCCACCGUGACGCACCACAGCGCCGGCACCAAGCGGCAGAGCGGCGACGCGGAGCGCAAACACAAACCCGCGGCAAAGAAAACCAAAGCGAUCCGCAAACUGCACUUCGAGGAUGACGUCACCACGUCCCCGGUUCUCGGGCUGAAGAUUAAAGAGGCGCUGGUGGAGCAGAGCAGCCCGGGACCGCAGAGCAGCGGCGGGGACAACAACCCGCUGCAGGGCGGCUUCGUGUGCCAGCUGUGCCGCGAGGCGUACGUGGACCCGUUCGCUCUGGCGCAGCACAAGUGCUCCAGGAUCAUCCGGGUCGAGUACCGGUGUCCCGAGUGCGACAAGGUGUUCAGCUGUCCCGCGAACCUCGCCUCACACCGGCGGUGGCACAAACCGAAGCAGCAGAGCGGAGCCGAGAGCGACAAAGCGGCAGCCGCCGCCGCCGCCGCCGCCACCGCGGCAGGAAAGAGCGCGCAGGAGGAGGCGAAGGAGUCGAGUGACAGGGACACACCCAGUCCCGGACCGUCCGAGUCCGGAUCAGAGGAAGGUUUGUACGAGUGUCAUCACUGCGCGAAGAAGUUUAAGCGUCAGGCGUACCUGCGGAAACACCUGACGUCACAGCACGGCUCCGCGAAACCCGCCGCGCACGAGGAAGACGAAGACGAGGACGUGGACGCGGCGCCGCUCAACCUGAGCGCCUCCACCUGUCACGUGUGUCCGGUGUGCGGGGAGAACUUCACCAGCAGGGGGAGUCAGGAGCGACACGUCCGCCUGCUGCACUCCUCACAGGUGUUUACGUGCAAGUACUGCCCCGCCCUCUUCUACAGCUCACCAGGACUCACGAGACACAUCAACAAGUGCCACCCGUCUGAGAACCGGCAGGUGAUCCUGCUGCAGAUGCCACUGCGUCCUGCAUGCUGAUCCCGAGCCGCACUGCUGCCCCGGGAUUACACUGCAAAAAAAUACACGGCAAAUUCAUCUCUUGACAAAAACAUGUUUUUAUUAAUAAUUUUAAGACACUGUUUAAUUUUAAUAUUUUUGAAACACAAAUUGUAGCCUUAAUGAGAUGAAAUGUUGUGUAUUUGAGGGUUUAUUUUACAGUGUAACUCUGCAGUACUGCCAGGUUUUACACUGAUAAAAUAUCCACCAACCAAAUUACCAAAUUUUCCAAACGUUUUUAUUACUAAUAAUAACCUUAAGACACUGAUGUUUACUUUUAUUCAUCGCUGUUAAAGUUUCACAUAAAUGGUUGCCUUUCUGAGAUGAUAUGUUGAGUAAUUGAGGACAUUUUUGACAUACGUUGUCCCCGACUUUGAGGGUUUACACUGCAAAAAUAUCCACUAAUACGUUUAUCAAUCAAAGCAGUUUGUAAAAGUGUAGCUUGUUAAAAUCACCACUUUUUUACCCACAUUUUCCAGUAUCUUCUACUUUAAAAAGUUAAACCCUCUCAGACUUCAUUUUACCCAUUGACUGUUUCCAAUUAGAUACAUUUUCUCAAACAAAUUGUUGCUUUAUUCAGUUAAAAUGGGAGUUAUUUUUUUCACUUUUAAAGUCGUUCAGAGGAUUUGGUGAGUUUACACUGCAAAAAUAUCCACCAAUUCAACUCUAAAUCCCGUUUAAUUUUAUUCAUCGCUGCUAAAGUGAUUGUCUAAAUUUGACCGUUUCACAUUGAGAUGAAAUGUAGAAUAUUUGAGGUUAUUUGAGGUAUUUUUGACGUUUAACUUUUAAAUUGCAUUGUUCCAGACUUUGGGAGUUAACACUGCAAAAAUAUCCGAUUUGUUUAAAGUAUAGCAAGUGAAAAACCACAACAAUUUCCCAGUAUUUUUAAAAUAAUUUGCAACUUAAACUGUCCAUUUUAAUCUUACCCAUUAUCUGCUGAAUAAUUUGUCUGAUUAAGGUUGAAAUUACAAAGAUUUUAUUACACAAUUUUUUCUUUUUAAGUUUCCACUUUUUAGGUGCGUUUGCACUGCAAAAAUAUCCACCAGCAUUUUAUCUCAAUUUGUGUAGCGGAAUGAAAAUCAAAUUUUUUACCCUUAUUUUGUAAUUUUUAAAAAAUGCUUUAAUCUUUUAACUUAUAACAGCUGAAGUGUCUUAAAUGUCUACGUUGAAAACUAAAAUAACUUAUUAUGUCCGCCUUUAAGGUCAUUUAAUUUGUUUGUUGCCUUAUUGAGGUGAAAUUGUUUUUUUAAAUCGCAGUGUAACUGCAGAAAAGUUAUUUUCCAGAUUAUUGAAAUUUUAAAAUUCACCAAUUUUUAACCACAUUUAAAAAAAAAAUGUUUACACAUAAUUAUUGAAAAACAAAAUAAAUUAUUGCCUUAUUGAGGUGAAAUGAAAAGUAAAGUCAACGAUACUAUUUUUGCAGUGUAA